AUGCAAUCUUUGUUAUUAGAAAGGUUAUUGGGUAAUGUUACUCCGUUACAUUUGCAAUCUGUUAUUAUUGAUAACAAUUAUUCAUCAAUUUAUCAAUCUGCUAUUUCCAAUGUAUUCCCAUUAAAUUGUCAUAAAAAUGCGCUGGUUAAUAGUUUAUCAUUAGAUUCAAUUGAUUAUCAAUUCUUGUUAAGUGGUUGCGGUGAUUCUUCGAUUAAAUUAUGGGAUUUAAAUCAACAAGAAAUUACUGGUAAACCAAGCGAAAUUGAUUCAAAAUUAAAUAAAAAUCCUAAAAAUUAUGAUACUUUUGAUUAUGAUAAUCCAAUUUCAACAUUUACAAACAUUGCUACAAUUCCAAGAAAAACCCAUCAUAAAUUUGGUAUAUCUGCUUUACAAUGGUGGCCUUAUGAUACUGGUAUGUUUGUUAGUUCAUCAUUUGAUCAUACUAUUAAAAUAUGGGAUACAAAUGAAUUAAAACCAGUUCAUUCUUUCAAUUUAAAUCAAAGAAUUUAUUCAAUUGAUGUCAAUGGUGAAAAUUCAUUAAUUUCAACUGCUAAUGAUCAUCCAUUUAUAAGAUUAUUAGAUCUAAAAUCAACUUCAAGUUCUCAUACUUUAUCUGGCCAUAAAGGUAAAACACUAAGUGUUAAAUGGCAUCCUAUAAAUUCUAAUUUACUAGCUUCUGGUGGGUUAGAUGGUGAAGUUAAAAUAUGGGAUAUACGAAGAAGUAAAAGUUGUUUAUGUAGAUUAGAUAUGUUAAGAACAAAUGAUCAAGUUGAAGAUGUUUACAAUUUAAAGAAGACUUCGGUGAAAGCUCAUCUGGGUCCAGUCAAUGGUUUAAUUUGGGAUGAAUUGGGUUCAAUUUUAUAUACUGCUGGUAAUGAUGAUAAAGUAAGAGUUUGGGAUAUGAUUUCAAAAACUUAUCCACCCACAAAUAAAUUGAUCAACUUUGGUCCAUUAACUAGAAAUAAAUAUUCACAAACAAUCCCAAUUUUAUUAAAUCCAAAAAAUGAAAUAUUAACUCAACGAUAUUUAAUAUUCCCUUCUGAUUCAAGUGAUAUUUUAAUUUUUAGAACAAAUGAUGGCAAAUUACAAACUAGAUUAACAAGAAAAGGUACAAAAAAUAUAGGUAGAACAUGUUCAAUGAUAUCUGGGAAACCAAAUAAUACUCAAAUUAUAUGUGGUACAAUUGAUGGAGAAAUUAUAAAUUGGUUACCAUAUUAUGAACAACCAAAUAUUGAAAAUUUAAUAGAAGAAGAAGAAGAAGAAAUGGAUAUAGAAGAACAAAUAUUAAGAAAGCAUAAAUUAGCAUUACAAGGACAAAGUUUAAUGAAUAAUGAAGUAUAA